AUGAAUUUUGAAUUUCUUCGCGUCUUCUUUUUCCCCCGUAAUGGGAUUGUGUGUGAUGUGAUGCUGACUUUUGUUGUGCGCUCUCUCUCUCUCUCUCUCUCUCUCUCUCGCGAACACGAACAAACGAACACAACCAACCAGGAAUUCGCGGCGCACUUCCCGACCUUGCCGAAAGAGUACCACGUCCCGCUGUACGAUUUAUACUCGCAACUCUACGCAUCCAUCAAAGAAAAAUCGAGGGAGGAAUUCGAGCAAAUUUUAAAGGAAGAGUCGUUGGAAAUCAAGCUGAAAGCGAUCGACGACGCGUGCGUCGCUCGAGGGAUCGACAUGAAUGCGAGAGUAAAUUCGAUCGAAGCGAUCGCGGAGGAUAUGGUGUCGAAAGUGGUCGCUCCGGAGGAAGCGGCGAGGGCGGCGAGGGCGGAUGCGAAGAGAAGGGAGUUGAUUUUAUUGGAGGAGGAGUGCGAGAAGGAACGCGUCGUCGAGGAGGAACACGUACGGAUUUUAGAGGAGAAGAGAAGAGAGGUGCAAAUGGCCGCUGGGAGAGUUGGGAGAGCGCAAAACGAGUUGGAAGAGGUGAGAGACGCCAGUUUGCAGUGGGCGGGGAGGCAGGCAUACGUGAGUCGAUGA